GCAGAUGCUGUUUUUAUAGGGUUCACACGAAGUUGACAGCGUCCCUUUGCAAAACAAUUUUUUUAAUCUUUGCCUUUUCCGAGUUUUUCGCGGAAAAUACCUUGCGAAAAGUGAUAAAAGUGCGUGGUAAUCCUGGAAGGAGACACUAUGCUGCGUCGGAGGGGGUAUGAUGAUGAAGAUAUGCCCGAGCGAGGCCGGAAGCGUCGCCGUGUAUCGGAGUCUCAGGAGGUGGAGGAUCGCCUGGAGAGUCUGAUUAUUCGGGUGGGGGAGAAGAGUACAUCGUCCCUUGAGUCGAAUCUCGAGGGAUUGGUGUCUGUGCUUGAGGCGGAUUUGGGGGCAUUCAGGGCCCGGAUUUUGCGCAUUCUCUCAGAUUGUGCCAUCCGGAUGCCGGAGAAGUGUACAAUUUACACGACACUGGUGGGUUUGCUGAAUGCUAAGAAUUAUAAUUUUGGCGGGGAGCUGGUGGAUUACAUUGUCAAGACAUUCAAGUCGAGCCUGAAGAUUUGUCGUUGGGAUGCUGCUCGGUAUUCUUUGAGAUUUUUGGCUGAUUUGGUGAAUUGCCAUGUAAUCUCGGCCACAUCGCUCCUGGCACUGUUGGACAAUAUGGUUGAUGUGUCCAAUGAGGAUACUGUGCCUCAGGUCAGGAGGGAUUGGUAUGUCUUUGCGGUGCUGUCGACACUGCCCUGGGUGGGCAGGGAUUUGUAUGAGAAGAAGGAGACGGCACUGGAGAGUUUGUUGGUGAAAAUUGAGGUUUUCUUGAAUAAGAGAACAAAGAAGCAUCACAAUUCCCUUAGGGUUUGGUCAGUUGAUGCUCCUCAUCCUCAGGAGGAAUAUCUGGAUUGCCUCUGGGCUCAGAUACGGAAAUUGCGUCAGGAUAAUUGGGCGGAAAAGCAUAUUCCUCGGCCGUAUUUGGCCUUUGAUUCAAUUCUGUGCGAAGCCCUUCAGCACAAUUUGCCCGUGAUUCAUCCUCCGCUCCACCAGGAGAGCAAUACCUAUCCCAUGCCCUGGGUCGUUUACAGAAUGUUUGACUACACUGACUGCCCGGAUGGGCCAAUUCUUCCCGGAGCCCAUUCAAUUGAGCGCUUUUUGAUUGAGGAGCAUCUCCAUCACAUCAUUGAGACUUACCACGUCGAGAGGAAGGAUUGUGCUGCCCAUCUCCUGAAUUUCCCGUACAAGAGCAAGAUUCCCCUGGAAUAUUGCAUUGUGGAAGUCAUUUUCGCCGAACUCUUCCACAUGCCAACGCCCAGAUACCUCGAAAUCUGCUACGGAUCCAUUCUCAUUGAACUCUGCAAACUGCAACCGGCUACAAUGCCCCAAGUCCUAGCCCAAGCCACAGAAAUCCUCUUCAUGCGAAUCGAUUCCAUGAACACUUCCUGCUUCGACAGAUUCGUCAAUUGGUUCUCCUACCAUCUCAGCAACUUCCAGUUUCGCUGGUCCUGGGAUGACUGGGACAGCUGCCUCCUCCUCGAACCCGAACAUCCUCGUCCCAAAUUCAUCCAGGAAGUUCUGCACAAAUGCCUCCGACUCUCCUACCAUCAAAUGAUCAAGGAAAUGAUGCCCGAAACAUAUUCCAGGCUCAUUCCCGUGGCCCCGGAACCCAGCUACAAAUACUCAGCCGAGGGCGCCGCUGCUUUACCGGGAACUCCAACAGCUCAUCAGCUGGUGGUAUCAAUCCGUCAGAAAUGCACUCCAGAGGAGGUUCUGGAUGUGCUUAAGGAUCUGCCGAAUCCCAAUGAGAAUGAAGGAGACGGCGGAGACUUCAAUCCUCUGAAGAUUGAUGUCUUCGUGCAGACUCUGCUCAAUCUGGGCUCCAAGAGUUUCUCUCACAGUUUCGCAGCAAUCUCUAAGUUCCAUCAGGUCUUUAAGAGUAUUGCUGAGACGGAGGAAGCUCAGAUUUGUAUUUUGCACAAUUUAUUUGAGCUGUGGAAGAAUCAUCAGCAGAUGAUGUGCGUUCUGGUGGAUAAAUUGCUAAAGCUGCAGAUUGUGGAGUGUUCAGCUGUGGCCACCUGGAUCUUCUCCAAGGAGAUGACUGGGGAAUUCACAAAGAUGUAUUUGUGGGAGAUUCUCCAUUUGACCAUUAAAAAGAUGAACAAACAUGUCAUUAAAUUGGGUACUGAAUUGGGAGAAGCUAAGGAAAAGCUGGCCGGAGAGGAAUCAUCGUCGAGUGAGUCUGAAGAGGAAAGUGCAGCCAAGAAGAAAAAAAUUGAAAUAGCGGACAAACCGACAGAAGAGAUGGUGGAGCGCAUGGAGGAGAAACUGGAGGCAGCCAAUGUGGAUCAGAAGAGACUCUUCCUCAUUGUUUUCCAACGUUUCAUCAUGAUUCUCUCUGAGCACUUGGUGAGGUGUGACACUGAUGGCAAAGAUUACGAUACGGAUUGGUAUCGUUGGACAAUUGGAAGACUUCAGCAAGUUUUUCUCAUGCAUCAUGAACAAGUGCAGAAGUACAGCAGUACUCUAGAGUCGCUCCUUUUCACAUCGGACUUGGAUUCUCACAUCUUAGAUGUUUUCCAUCAAUUCAAUGCGCUUCGAGCAUAAAUUAUUUACAUUAGUUGACAAUGUAUUUUACUUGGUAUUAGUUUAUACGUUCAACAGAAUAUCACUUGAAUGUUCUCAACAAUUAUUUCGAAAUAAAUGGCAAUUCCUCAAUGGUUGAGAAAUCAAA